AACCGUUCUUCGUACCAUAACAACCCAGAGCGCCUCUCGUGUCAUACGCUGUGUUCACUUUAUUAUAGCAAUUACAGUCUGCGUGACAGACGUGUUUGUUUUCUGUCAUUUAUUCCAUCUUAAAAUCAUAUUCUAAUUCGUUUAAAGAUGCCAAUUCGUAUCAGCACUGGUCACCCACUGGUUGCUCCCCCAAAUUAGCAGAAAAACACAGACAACGAAUUGACCAUGUUCCCUUCCCUAUAAAGCUAAUUUACACGUUGAGCAAAACAGACAUAAACCCCACAAAAAUAUAAGUGUAUGAUCUUGGAGACAUAGUUCAAUUGGAAAAUGUGCAGCCAACGUGGUGCUGUUUAUAGUCAGUCCAGUUUGACCUCCGUAUUGUAAUCCUUAAACUGAACUAUUGUAGCUUGUAGGCCUAUUUACCAUUUGUUUGAUCAAAAGGCUAAAUGGAUGUUUGCGCCUGUAAUGUUUGCGCCAUUAAAACUCGCAAAGGGCGCGCGCGGCUCGCCUUCCCGCGCUCUGUCUGGAGGUUCGAGGCGUUUGUCCGCAGAUGAAAGUAGAAGUUAAACCCACUGGUGACUCACCCGCCUGGAGAUCAAACUCGAUAAUUAUUGUCACAAGAUAAGGGAUUAACAUAUUUCUGAAAUAGCUGCCUGUUUACCCGGCAUAAACCCACCAUAACAAACACUUUCUAAUUGAAUCCUAAUCACUGUUAUAUAGGCACCACCCAGACUGCAGGCAUUCAUAAUUCUUAAACGUUGGACCCGAAAUCUUUACCAAAAGGACGCAUGCAGUGUAUGAUUAUUAGUCCGUUUAGUCACGAGAUUUACAACCUUAAAUAGCAUUUCCACAAAUAAACUUUCACAUAUAAAGUAGACGUACGCUUAUUGUCACCAUAUACAAGGAUAGGGCAAUACAAUUAUGUUAAUUAUAAAGUAAAUAUCUAAGCAUAAUUUGCUCGAUAAUGGAAAUUGUGUAUCAAAACGAAUAACCUGCUACAGUGUUAUGGACGAUCAAGUCUGUGGUUAUACAGUACCAGAAUUAUAAUUCGUUUGGACAUUUCACCCUUAGCCCUAAGGCAACUGCUCACAUUCUAGAUGAUAAUGCGUUUUUUUUUGUAUCUCAGUUUGCUGAGAGCUGUAUUUAGAGACUGACGAUUGAUAUGAUGAUAGAGGUUGAUAUGGUGGUUGGGGCUUUUCAACUCCAAUAGGCUAUAUCAGAUGUUUGUAAUUAAGUUUUAUCUAUAGACCUACUCUUAUAUGAAUAGAUGUAACCUAUCGGUCAAGUUCACCUUUGAAUCGAACGUGAACAGGUGUAGGCUCUACAGCCAAUUUUGGGGGAAACAUUGCAGAAGUGCGCACUAUUCAAAUCAAAUCAAAUUGUAUUGGUCACAUACACAUGGUUAGCAUAUGUUAUUGGGAGUGUAACGAAAUGGGUCACCCACGCGUCACCAAGGCAGCUGAUGAUACUAGAUAAAUAUUACUUUGCUAACUAACUUUGCUCAAUCACAUUAUGUUUUUGCGUGACUUGUUAUUAACAUGGCUUUUCAUUUGUGGUAAAAUUAGCGAAUGUGGAAAUUUUGAUUGGAAGUUCUCUGAGGCAUCACGUGGUUUUGCAGAAGAGCAUACUGAGCCGGGUGCGCACGUGGGUGACGCUAGGGCCAGCCCUCUCCGGGGUCCCUUUUGUUUAACUAUCAAACAUAAGCACCUUCCGAGAUCCCGAGGGCUUCAGAUGACAAAACGGCCAACAUCUUGUGCAAGGAUCAAUACUGACCGCGUAUCGUUCUGCAGCCAUGUCUAGGUCAUUUUAUGUGGACUCUUUGAUUAUCAAGGACACGGUGCGACCCAUACCUCUUAACGAGCAUCCACGACAAGACUUUCUCUUCCCCAUCAGUAUGCACUCGCCCACCAUGAUGACGGUCACCGCGCCAGUGUGCCCGUCCAGGAAAAGCGGCACUUUCUGCGUCUGCCCGCUUUGCGUCACGUCCCACCUCCACUCUCCCCGCAGCGGCAUUUCGAUGCUGAAGAGUCAGUUCCCGAGAGCGGAGCCCCAAUAUUGUCAGAGGAUAUCACACCACCAACAGUCUCCGCCACUUGCGCACCCGUCUGCACGCCCUGUCUGCACGCCUGUCUACAAGCCCAUGUACAGCGUCACAGACCCCAUGAGUUACCACUGUCUCUCCAUAGGCUCCUCUGAGAGCAGUCACAUCCAGAAUGGCAAGAGAAUGCGCACGGCUUUCACCAGCACACAGCUAUUGGAACUGGAGAGGGAGUUCUCCUCCAACAUGUAUCUUUCCAGGCUCAGAAGAAUUGAAAUAGCAACUUAUCUGAACCUCUCGGAGAAACAGGUGAAAAUCUGGUUCCAGAACCGGAGGGUGAAACACAAGAAGGAGGGCAAGGGCACACAGAGGAGCGCGCACAACGGUUGUAAGUGCGCAAGCGGUCACAUGGAUUACCCAAGGUCUGAGGACGAGGAAUCUUUAUCCCCUGCAUCAGCGUCAGAGGAGAAACAUAUCUCCCCAAUCUGAGGGCAUCUCAGACUGUCACUGCACAGACUUCCAUUACACUACUGGCACUUAGUCUACCAUGGUUCAUCACGAAUUCUGCAACACCAGACGACCUCCGGGCCAUGAGAUGCUACUUUCAGUCUGAGAAGAAGUACUGGAAAUAUCCUUGGUUUCCCCUGGUUAAAUUAUGUAGGCCUAUUCGUACGUUCAUUUUAUGUUAACUGUGAAUACAUGUUUUAUUUGUUGAAACAUUUUUUUUUAAACAGUGACGCUAAAUCCUUCAGGGUUCAACCCAACGUCAAAGUUGUACCUCAGUGCUUGUCAUACGAUGCUUGAUAUCAUUCUUAUCAGUGUAAAUAUGAUGGCCGUUGAUCCACUCUGUUUCAGUUCUUAUUUUUCCACGUGAAAUUGUAUGUACAUAGUAGACUAGUAUGUGUGUAUAUAAUAUGUAUAUUUGUAUUUAUUCUAAUAAAACAUUGGUGAGUUGUA